GAAGGCGGACUUGAGAGUGCAGCCAGAGGAGGGGCUGUUGAUGAAGAUGAAGAAGAUGCUGGUGGUGAUUGGGGUGAGGGACUUGACAUGGUCGAUGUUGAUGGAAUGGAGAACAGAGACAUCGAAGCCAUUUUGGCGGAAGCUGAAGGAGCGGAAGAAGAUAAUGAUGAAGAAGGUGGAUGGGGUGAACUUGAGGGCUUGGACCUCCCACCAGAGCUUGACACUCCUAAGGCCUCUGCUAAC